AGAAAAAAACAUAGCUUAAAUCUCACAAACCUAAGAACCAAAGAAAGCCCCAAAGAAAACCAAAGAACCAAAGAACCAAAGAAAGCCCCAAAGAAAACCAAAAUCAUGAAGAAGAUCAUCAUCAUCCUUUCCCUUCUUCUCCUUUUCCUCAACUUCCUCCACUUCCCCACUUCCGCCCGGGAACUCACUUCCACUUCCGAUUCCACUUCCGAUCCCACUUCCUCACAAAGGAAGUCCACUUCCAAAACCACCACCACCAAACCCGGUGACACCACCGCCGCCGACUCAAGCGGCUUCGGCUUCGACUUCGGCAACAUCCCUGACUUCUCCGGCAACGGCUGGAGCAACUACGGCGGAGGCGGCAACUAUGGCGGAGGCUACGGCUCCGGCUACGGCGGCCCCGGCGGCGGUUACUCCCACCACGGCGUCGUUAGGCCAAGCGUUGUUUGCACUGAGCGUGGACCGUGCUAUAAAAAGCGUGUGACUUGCCCGGCCAAGUGCUUCACUUCAUACAGCCACUCCGGCAAGAACGGCGGCGGCGGUGGCGGUGGCGGUGGUUGCUCCAUUGAUUGCAAGAAGCACUGUGUUGGUUACUGUUGAACUUUGUUUUUUUCUUUUUUUCUCUACUACUAUUUAUAUAUAUAUAAUUAAUAUGUAUUAAUUUUAUAUAUAUAUAUAUAUAAAUAUGUGUGUGUUUUUAAGAAACUCUGAGUUAUAUCUAUCAUAUACAGAGUUAUGUAGUAUUAUGAGAACUGAUGUGGAUGAAUAAAGAGUCUCUUUUUAUUAUAUAUAUAUA